AUGGCCGCCUCCGUCAACUUCACACCCGAAGCUGCCCGCGACACGCCCCGCCCCUUCCUGCGCAGACCGGAAGUGGAAGCGAGUGGGCGUGGCCAGAGGCGCGCUCGAAAGUGGGCGCGGGAGCGGCGGGGCAGAGGCGGCGGCGGGUCGGGCCCGGCUGCUGGCGCCAUGGGGUCCGGCGGGGGAGCCUCGGCCGCGCGCCCGGCCUUGAUCUGGCUCAGCAGCGACGACGACGACGACGGCGCGAACGACGCGGUCCAGCUGGUGGAAGCGAUCGGGACCCCCAAAGGCGCCCCCGGCCGGGAAGGGCCCACGGCCGCGGCCCGCCCCGUGCACCCCGUCCCGCUUGCAGCCGCCAGCCGCCCGCCCGGUGACAAGCCCCCCGCGUGCGAGGAGGACUCCGAGGUCCUGGUGACCUUCUGCAGGGACGCGGACGUGCUGCCCCACGCGCGGCACGACUGCCCGGCCCACGCCUUCCAGAGGACCGAGCGCGAGACGACCCAGCCCGUGGGCAGCAACGCCGACUCUUGCCCCAAGUGCUUCUGUUAUGUGUGUGACAAGCCUGUCACCGAGUGCCUGUCCUGGACGACCCCGACCCAGUGCCACUGCAACGCACACGGCCGGAGCCAGUACUGGAAGGCCGAGCGCAACCAGGAGCUGUGUGGCAUCCUCACCACCUUCUACCUGGAGCCCUCAGAGAUCGACGUGCAUUUGCGGCGUGGGGGGCAGCGUCUGCAGUGCUUUAUCCCCGAGCUCUCUGCAGCCUACUCUCACUAUCUCUGUGGAACACCUCCCAGUGACCGGCUGCAAUGCAUAUCUCAGCCCCCACUCAGCAAGAGACAGUGCCCAGAGGCACCUGAGCACCGGUACUCAGAAGUCUUCAGGGUGGCAUCUUUGUUCGUUGAUGAGGCCAAGAAGGAGCACCCCAAGGCAUCAGCUGUCAUGUUGCUGGGAGUGUUCCGGGAGCUCUCGGUGCACAGUGACCCUUCCAAGACCUCCCCAAAACCCGAGAGUCUGGAAUGUUUGAAGGUAGCGGUACCGGUGCUCAUGGAUAGGAUAACACAACACCUACAGCGCCUCCUGGUGGUGGGCGGCCUAGCACAGCCCCUGUGCGAGAAGCUGACCCGUUUCUUCUACUCCGUGCCCCUCCCGCCACACUGCAGCCGGUUCUUCACCUCCUUGAACAUCAUGCCAUGGGAUCACAGGGUGCUGACAACCAUCUUAAGAGGACAAAACUUGGCUGGUCCCCAGAAGCAGCGAGGCCGAGGGUCGACCUUCAGUGAGCACUUCCCAGUCAUCAGGGCCAGGGUGGACUGCCUGGAGAGCGCUGGGCGGUAGGUGCACAGCACCUCCAGUGGGCCAUCCGAGUCUCCUGCAGCCUGGGCUGCUGAACCCUCCUCUUCAGGGAGGCCCAAAGAGAUCAGCCGGCG